GCGAGGUGCUGCUGAUGGUGGGGCUGCCGGGCGCGGGGAAGACGCACUGGGCGCGGGAGCUGAGCCGGGAGCAGCGGGAGAAGAGAUACAACAUCCUGGGGACAGAGAGCGUCCUGCGGCAGAUGAGGCCGGGAGGCCCCGAGGAGCCGGAGCUGGACGCGCGGAGCCGGGACGCGCUGGUGCAGGAGGCGGCCCAGUGUCUGAGCAAACUGGUGCAGAUCGCGCCCCGCGCACGCCGCAACUUCAUCCUCGACCAGUGCAACGUGUACGGGUCGGGGCAGCGGCGGAAGCUGGCCCCGUUCCAUGGUUUCCAGCGCCGCGCCGUGGUGCUGGUGCCGGGGGAGGAGGAGUGGGGCCGGCGCCUGGGGCUGCGCCGCGAGGCCGAGGGCGAGGACGUGCCCGACUGCGUCAUGCUGGAGAUGAAAGGUGCCUCCCCCCUUCCCCCCCCUCCAUAUCCCCCCCCCCCAAUUAAUUACCGAGG